GACGUAUUUUACGCUUAAGAAUAAUUAAAAAAAAAAAAAAGCGUAAUAAGCGGGGAAAAAAAAAUAAGGCGGUGGUGCUGAAUCUGCUGGAUAGGAAUCACCGCUCGGGGUUUAGCGCACAGUUUCCCUCACGAAUGUGCUUCUGCGAAUUGCAAAAGCAGGGUUAAAAAUGAGAAAUGAACUUAAAAGCUCCUCCCUUUAGGAAAGACGAAUCUCUGUGUGUUUGCGUUUAGCGUUUUCAUUGCUUGUUUUGCUUUGGUUUGAUUAUAGCUCUUCUAUCCCAGGCCGAAUGUGCGGCGGCGAAGCGGCAGGCCAGUAAACAGCGGCGGGCUCGGCCUGGAGGCGCCAUGGCGGCGGAGGGCCUGGCGGGGCUCCUGCCCGCACAGACGCAGCUGGAGUACGCGCUGCUCGACGCCGACACCGCUCAGGAGAAGGAGAACCUGGUCUACCAGUACCUGAAGAAGAUGGACAGCCGAGAGCGGGACCUGACAGUGCCCGAGCUCGGCGGAGAUCUACAGUGGUUAAACACUGAAGGUCCCAUUUCUCUUCACAAAGACCUUCGUGGAAAAGUUGUGGUGUUGGAUUUCUUCACUUACUGCUGCAUCAAUUGCUUGCACCUGCUGCCUGAUCUCCAUGAAUUAGAGCACCAGUACUCUGAUAAAGAUGGUCUUGUUAUUAUUGGCGUUCAUUCAGCGAAGUUUCCAAACGAAAAAGUUCUGGAUAGCAUUAAGAGUGCAGUUUUGAGGUACAAUAUUGUCCACCCUGUAGUGAACGAUGCAGAUGCAACACUGUGGCAUGAACUAGAAGUGUCCUGCUGGCCAACUCUGGUCAUUCUUGGGCCUCGUGGAAACAUGCUGUUUUCGCUUGUUGGAGAAGGGCACAAAGAGAAGUUGUUUUUAUUUACUUCAAUAACACUGAAAUUCUACAAGGAGAGAGGACAAAUUAAAGAUAACAAUAUUGGAAUAAAGCUAUACAAGGACUCCCUCCCGCCCUCUCCCCUGCUGUUUCCUGGCAAAGUGACAGUAGAUAAAUCAGGAGAAAGGCUGGUGAUAGCAGACACUGGACAUCACAGGAUUUUGGUCACUCUGAAAAAUGGGCAAAUUCUACACACUGUUGGAGGUCCAAAUAGUGGAAGAAAAGAUGGAAGAUUUUCAGAGGCAGCUUUCAACUCACCACAAGGCGUUGCUAUAAAAAAUAAUGUUAUUUACGUAGCUGAUACAGAAAAUCAUCUAAUUAGAAAGAUUGACCUGGAUUUAGAGAUUGUGACCACUGUAGCAGGCAUUGGGAUACAAGGUGUUGAUAAAGAAGGGGGAGCAAAAGGAGAAGAACAGCCUAUCAGCUCUCCGUGGGAUGUGGUCUUUGGAAAUUCAGUUUCAGGGACCCAGGAGGACGAUGUUUUAUGGAUAGCAAUGGCAGGCAUUCAUCAGGUAUGGGCACUGAUGUUGGAAGGUGGAAAACUUCCAAAGGGAAGUGAUUUAAAGAAAGGAGUCUGUCUUCGAUUUGCUGGGAGUGGAAAUGAAGAGAACAGAAACAAUGCCUACCCUCAUAAGGCCGGCUUUGCACAGCCUUCUGGACUCUCUCUGGCUUCCGAAGAGCCGUGGAACUGCCUUUUUGUAGCAGAUAGUGAGAGCAGCACUGUGCGAAUGAUCUCUCUGAAAGAUGGAGCUGUGAAGCACCUUGUAGGAGGAGAGAGAGAUCCAUUGAAUUUGUUUGCCUUUGGUGAUGUGGAUGGAGCAGGCAUAAAUGCCAAGCUGCAGCAUCCCCUAGGAAUAACAUGGGACAAGAAAAGAAAGCUGCUAUAUGUGGCGGAUUCCUAUAAUCAUAAGAUUAAGGUUGUAGAUCCCAAAAUGAAGAACUGUGCUACCCUGGCAGGCACAGGAGAAGCAAGCAAUGUUGUUGGCUCCAGCUUUACACAGUCGACUUUUAAUGAACCAGGAGGUUUGUGCGUUGAAGAAAAUGGCCGUUUGAUGUAUGUUGCAGACACAAAUAAUCACCAGAUUAAAGUGCUGGAUUUGGAAACAAAAAUUCUGUCCAUGUUGCCUAUCCUGAAUCCAGAAACCUGCGAUGUUACAGAUCAUCCGGCUGCACAAAAGGACCAAACUGCAAACCUUCCAAAACUGCCUAAAUCUGCUCCAAACAUUCAGCUUCCUUCGCUGAGCGCAGCUCCCGGUCAGACCAUUCAGUUUCUAUUGAAGUUGACUCUCCCUCCAGAUUCAGAAUUGAACGAAGAAGCACCUAAUGCCUGGUUUAUCACAGCAGAAGGUAAUAAUACAUGGCUGCUUCAAGGACAGUAUCUGUCUGGAGACAUUAAGGAUGUUUCCUGUCAAACUGUCAUUCCCUUUCAGCUACCAAGAGUCUGUCUAUCAGCCGAAGCUGUGCUGGCUAUCAAAGCGUGCCUCUACUAUUGCAGUAAAGGUAGCAGUGCCUGCAUGAUGAAAGGAAUCUCAUUCAAUCAGCCUUUACAGAUAGGAAGUACAAACCAAGGCGGUGUGACUCAAGUUGAACUAACACAUUCGUUUAUAACUAACUAGUGCUUGGUAAAAUGAAGUAGAGUUUCUUAGUUUAAUGGGAAAAUUCGUGAUCAGAACCUCAUUUCCUUUCAUUACAGUAGCAGCAAUGAUGGUGUAAUGCUCUAGACUCUGUUGCCAAUUGUGAAUAUAUGGGAUGUGUGCCGUUCUAAGGAAUGAGCAACAGGUCCUUUUGAAAGAGUUAAGACUGCUUUGUGAUGUUACUGUAAGAAGUUCUUUGUGCUGGACAUUGGAUUACUUCAGACUAACAGUUACUGAUUCCUUUUGUGCCCUUAAAUUGUAAAAGAAUGUCAAAACUCGAGGUUUCUUUCUUAAGGCUGCAAAAGAAGCAUCUUGCUUGUUUUUCUGAACAGCAUCUAUGGCACGUGUGUUUUGAACAUAGAUCUUAAAUUAAGUGUAGCUCUAGUAUUAUUUAAGCUGAUUGUUUUUCUUAGCUCUGUCUGACUGCCUUAUAUGAAGAGCGCAGCUUCAUGGAAAAAUUCCUGUGACAGGAAGCGUUUAAGUUCCUCCAAAAAAAAAUCACACUCAUUUCUAACAAAGAAUGUGCCUCUCUGAUGUAUAUGUAUA